AUGCUCCUCUCUCUGACGCUCUUCCUGUGGAGGCUCUACCGACAUUUCUCCAUCAUGUUUAGCUCAGACAGGCUCACGGUCCCGGAUUAUGUCAGCAGACUGCAGAGAGGGAGGAGCGGCUCCGGCUCCGGCUGCGACCCCAGAGCAGUCUCCCCGGGCAUCAGCGCCGACGUCCAGGCGGUUUUGGACACCUCGCUCCCCGCCCUGCGCUGCGCCAUCAGGAGGCUCAAGACAGGCAACGACACCUCUGAUUCAGAUGAGACGCGCCGGGCCAUCGCGGAGAUCUUCCAGCUGGUGGAGGAGGCCUGGGUCUUGCCCACCGUAGGCCGUCAGGUGGCCGAGGAGAUCUGCAACAGGAUCCGGCUGGAUGGAGGCCUGAAGCUGCUGCUGCAGCUUCAGCAGACACCUGCCGUGGAGAUCACCUACGAGUCCGCGAAGCUGCUGGAGCAGAUACUGAUCUCAGAAAACAGAGAUUAUUUAGCACGCAUGGGUCUGGGGGUCGUUCUCAACCUGACUCGACAGCAGGAGGACGCACAGCUGGCUCGCAGCGUCUCGGGGAUCCUGGAGCACAUGUUCAAACACACCGAGGAGACGUCCAUCCACCUCAUCUCUAACGGUGCCCUGGAUACCCUCCUCUUCUGGUGCCGGGGCACAGAUCCCACAGUGCUGCGCCACUGUGCUGUGGCCCUGGCGAACUGUGCCAUGUACGGAGGCCACCGCUGCCAGCGAUGGAUGAUCGAGAAACAGGCGGCCGAGUGGCUGUUCCCACUGGCUUUUUCCAAAGAGGACGAACUCAUCCGCUUUCACGCGUGCCUGGCUGUGACUGUGUUAGCUGCAAACCGAGAAAUUGAGAAAGAGGUGGUGAAAUCUGGGACCUUGGAGCUGGUGGAGCCGUUCAUUGCAUCCUUGGAUCCGGAUGACUUUGCCCGCAGUUUAUUGGACAGCGCGGACUGCAUGCAGGGCAGGACGGCAUCUGACCUGCAGCAUCUUAUGCCAUUACUGGAUGGCACAAGACUGGAGGGAAAGUGCAUCGCAGCCUUUUACCUUUGCGUCGAGACAAGCAUCAAGUCUCGUCAACGCAACACCAGGAUAUUUCAAGAGAUCGGAGCAGUGCAGAGCCUAAAAAGAAUCGUCAUGUACUCCAGUAAUGGUACGGCCUCGAGCCUCGCCAAGCGGGCACUGAGCAUGAUGGGGGAGGAAGUGCCCAGACGUAUCCUGUCAUGUGUGCCCAACUGGAAAACCUGUGAGGUGCAGACCUGGCUGCAGCAGGUUGGCUUUAGUGCCUAUUGUGACCGUUUCCAGGAGCUCCAGGUGGAUGGAGACCUCCUCCUGAACAUCACAGACCAGGAUCUGAGUGCUGAUCUGGGGAUGACUGCAGGCCUCACUCGCAAGAGGUUUCUGAGAGACUUGCGUGUGUUGAAGACUUAUGCCAACUACGCCACAUGUGACCCAAACAAUAUGGCCGACUGGUUGGUCGAGGUGGACCCCCGUUUCCGUCAGUACACCUACGGCCUGGUCCAGUCGGGAGUGGAUCGCAACAAUGUCCAGAACGUGACCGAUCAGCAGCUCCAGCACGACUGCCACAUAGACAAUGGAGUCCACAGAGCCAAGAUACUGUCUCUUAGCCGCAGGCCUUUAAAACCGUGCCACACAGACGCCCAGCCAGCAGGGCCCGAUGUGUUCAUCAGCUACCGCCGGACUACCGGCUCGCAGCUGGCCAGCCUUCUGAAGGUGCACCUGCAGGUCCGAGGAUACAGCGUCUUCAUAGACGUGGAGAAGCUGGAGGCCGGUAAAUUCGAGGACAAACUGAUUCAGAGUGUACAGAGGGCACGUAACUUCAUCCUGGUCCUGUCCGCGAAUGCACUCGACAAGUGCAUGGGCGACACUGCCAUGAAGGACUGGGUGCACAAGGAGAUAGUCACAGCCUUGGCAGGCAAGAAGAACAUUGUUCCUGUCACAGAUAACUUUAUGUGGCCCGACCCCAUGUCCCUGCCGGAGGACAUGAGAGCAAUCCUCAACUUCAAUGGCAUCAAAUGGUCUCACGAGUAUCAGGAGGCCACGAUCGAGAAGAUCCUUCGCUUUCUGAAAGGCCACCAAGACCAUACCGACGGCCCGGGCGCCUCAAAAGGGCAGAAAAAGAAAGAAUGA